AUGCCUUCUACCUCCUCCAAAGUUGUCGAAGGCUUCGCCACCAAAGUCCUCCGCAUCGACCUCAGUGAGCGCCAGGCUACCAAGGACUCUGUCACACGCGGCGAGUCUACAUACUCAGUCAGCACUGCGGACACAUAUGUGGAGGAAGAACCGACAACCAUAGGCUGGGUCAGAGAACUAGUGCCUAGCAAGCAAGACGUGGGCACUUAUGUGCGGAACCUCUUCCCUUUCACCCGGUGGAUUGGCCGAUACAACGUCCAGUGGCUCAUAGGAGAUCUCGUCGCCGGCAUCACUGUCGGUGCCGUAGUGGUGCCCCAGGGUAUGGCUUAUGCAAAACUCGCUGAGCUUCCUCCCCAGUAUGGUCUCUACUCGUCCUUUAUGGGCGUUCUGAUUUACUGGUUCUUCGCCACUUCCAAGGAUAUCACCAUCGGUCCGGUCGCCGUCAUGUCGACAAUCGUCGGUAACAUUGUCAACAAGGUUGCAGAUGAGCAUCCAGAAGUCCCUGGUCAUGUUGUUGCCUCGGCUCUUGCUAUCAUUUGCGGUGCCAUUGUCUGUUUCAUAGGCCUGGUGCGAUGUGGUUGGAUAGUUGACUUCAUUCCGUUGACUGCAAUCUCUGCCUUCAUGACUGGCUCCGCGAUCAACAUCGCUUGCGGCCAGGUGCCUACCAUGAUGGGAAUCAAGGUUAAAGGAUUCAACACGAGAGCCUCUACCUACCGAGUCAUCAUCAACACCUUCAGAUACCUUGGACAUACCAAGAUCGAUGCUGCCAUGGGCCUCACUGCACUCUUCUUGCUCUACUCCAUCCGAUUCACUUGCAACCAAAUGGCGAAGCGCUUUCCCAAUCGAUCCAAGACGUUUUUCUUUAUCUCGACCCUUCGCACAGCUUUUGUCAUUCUCCUGUACACCAUGAUCAGCUGGCUGGUCAAUCGCCAUCACCGCGAUGAUCAUGUCUUUGCAAUCUUAGGGAAGGUGCCUCGUGGUUUCAAGGACGCGAAAGUCCCAACAAUCAACACAGACAUCAUCAGUUAUUUCGCGGACAAACUCCCCGCGUCGGUCAUUGUCCUUCUGAUUGAACACAUUGCCAUCUCCAAGUCAUUCGGCCGCGUCAACAACUAUACCAUUGACCCGUCUCAGGAGCUCGUAGCCAUUGGUGUCACCAACCUGCUGGGACCCUUCUUGGGAGCAUAUCCUGCGACGGGGUCUUUUUCACGAACGGCCAUCAAAUCGAAAGCGGGUGUCCGAACUCCUUUUGCCGGUGUCAUCACCGCCAUCGUUGUUCUCCUAGCCAUCUACGCUCUCCCCGCAGUCUUCUACUACAUUCCCAGCGCUUCGCUCUCUGCAGUCAUCAUCCACGCCGUGGGUGACUUGAUCACUCCUCCCAACACCGUGUACCAAUUCUGGCGCGUCUCGCCCCUCGAAGUCAUCAUUUUCUUCGCCGGUGUCUUCGUCACCAUCUUCUCGUCGAUCGAGAACGGGAUUUACACGACCAUCUCCGUGAGCGCUGGCGUCCUCUUAUUCCGUGUAGUCAAAGCCAAUGGCCACUUUGUCGGCAAAGUCAAAAUCCACUCGGUGAUUGGCGACCACUUGAUUGAAGACAAGUUUCACGACAACAAGCACGUGUCUGACGACGACCGGGCGGUGCGGGAGAUCUUCCUCCCCCUAGACCACAACGACGGCUCGAACCCUUCAGUGCACGUCGAGGCGCCUUACCCAGGUGUGUUUGUGUACCGCUUCUCCGAAGGCUUCAACUACCCCAACGCCAACCACUACCUGGACUACCUGGUCAAAUACAUCUUCGAGCACACGCGGCGCACGAACCCUGAUUCGUGGCCGAGGCCCGGCGAUCGACCGUGGAACAACCCGGGCCCACGACGCGGCAAGUUCGAAGAGGACAGGUCGUACCUCCCGACGCUCAAGGCUAUCGUUCUCGACAUGUCGUCUGUCAACAACGUCGACGUGACCAGUGUGCAGAACCUCAUCGAUGUCCGCAACCAGCUCGACCGCUACACAUCGCCCGAGACGGUUCAGUGGCACUUUGCCAACAUCACCAACCGCUGGACGAAACGCGCCCUGGCGUCGGCCGGGUUUGGGUACCCCUCGGCGCCCACGGGUGAGGAAUACCACCGCUGGAAACCCAUCUUCAGCGUCGCCGAAAUCGGCGGGACCUCCAGCGCCGCCGCCGCCGCAGAGGCAGAGCAAAACCGGCGCCUGUCCCGCAUCCCUUCCGACGAGGAACACGGCCGCGGACGCACGAAGAGCGGCGGCGCCAUCAAGUCCGACGCCACUGAAGACGACCACUCCGGGUCGAGCUCGCCGCCCGAACUGUCUCGAGAGAUCACAAACAGCAAAGCCUAUUCACGCGCGACUCAGAAACGCGUCGCGGUCGUGCAGGGCUUGAACAGACCAUUUUUCCACAUCGACCUGACCAGCGCGCUACAAACCGCCGUCGCCACCAUUGAGCAUCAGGAUCAACUACGACAAGCCGAGAACAAGAGUACUGGUAUAUCGAACGAUGUUGAUAUCAAGCAGACUUGA